AUGAGCGACGACGAGGAUGGCAAUUACCUGGACGUGUCACUCGACGAGGAGGACGAGGAGCUUAUCUGGAGGGUGUUUUUCGGAGACAAGGAGGCCUACGAGUCCGGGGCUCAGGGCGACAUUGAUGUCGACGCCAGCGACUCGGAGGAGUACCAGCAGCUCCAGCGAGAGGUCGAGGAGUUGAAGGAUAUGGCGGGGCUUGAAGAAGUUGAUCCCGAGCUUGCGGCUCGGUUCAAACAGCUUAUAAAAGAAGAGCCCGACCGAGAUAUGAGCGAGGCGGACAAGAAGCAGUUACUAUCGCUGAACCUCACGCCAGAACAGAUGGCGCGGUUCGAGACGUACCGGGAGAUGAAGCUCAAUCGACCCGGGGUGAAGAAAAUAUGCAACGGGGUGCUUGGUCACCUGAUUCCCAACAACAUCGCCGUGAUCUUGCUGGCGGUGUCGAAGUCGUUUCUUGGGGAGAUCAUCACGCGGGCGAUGGAGAUUCAGAAACGAGAGGCCAAAGGCCAGUUGCUCCAGGACGUAGAGGCGAAGAGGAAGACUAAGGCCGACGCCCUCCGCCGCAUCGCCGAGGGCGAGGAGGCGGUGGAAGUGGAGGAGAACCGGCUACAGUACCUGGGCGACGAGCCCAGCACCCUCCAGCCGUACCACGUUCGCGAGGCGUGGCGGUUGUACCAGUUAGAAAACAGUCUGGCAAUUAAUCCCCAGUGGCGCUACCAGGGCGACGCCGACGGCAAGUAUUUCCGUUGA